UGCAUAUCCAAUAAACUUCUUUAGAAGCUUUUAAAAUAGUCAUAUACUCGACUUCUGUAACAGACAAGUUGAAAAUAACUUUUAAAUUUGUCUUAUCAAAAUCUAUAGCUAAAUCCUAAUGAGAGAAUCCUUUUCAAGUACUCCCAAAUAGUAGAAUGAGUGAGAAAGCUUCAACUAAAAUAGCAAUCACAUGUUGGAUAGUGUACAUAUCAAGACUAUGAGGUACAUUCUCAUUUCUCAUCAAAUCAUUUGAUUUAGCUACAAAUUUUCAAAUUAUGUACCUAUGACGAUCUCCGUGUCAGAAGUCUUUUGUCGCAUCGAGAUCCUUCAUCCCAAAUUCUCUUUCCAAUUGUGCCUUCAACUGAAUGCCAUUUCUAACUUUGCUAUGCAAACUUCCCCCCUUCCUCUCUCUGUCUGUGAUGAAAUUGACAAAAAGAUUAGGAGGUUCGUUUGGGGAGGGCAGGAGGGUAAAAGAAAGACCCACCUGGUCUCUUGGAACACUAUUUGUAAGCCUAAGAGCCAAGGUGGUCUGGGCCUCAGAUCUGCCAGAAACUUGAACAUGGCAUACAUGAUCAAGUUGGCUUGGCAGAUGCUUAACAACGAUUCUGAGCUUUGGGUGCAGGUCCUACAAGGGAAGUAUUUUAAGCAUAAAGAUGGUGUCAUUACCUCUAUGAAGAAGAGUAAUCAUUCAAACUUGUGGAAGGCGAUUGUCAAAGCAAUGCCUCUGAUGAAAAGCGGCUGUUGCUGGAGCAUCAGGAAUGGGGAGUCUACAAGUUUUUGGUCUCAUCCAUGGAUUGACUGUGAUCUCAAACUUGAAGAUUUCCUCCUUGACGACCUGACACCCACUGAAAGAAACUCACCAGUGGCAGCAUGGGCUACUGAAGAAGGUGAGUGGGACUGGAACCGACUCAAACCACUCCUCCCUGAUGACAUUCUUAAUCUGAUUGCAGGCAUGGAAGUUCCGAAUGCACAGCUUGGCGAGGACAAAACCAUAUGGGCAAUGGAACGUGAUGGGAGGUUUAGACUCAAAUCGGCCUAUGCACUUGCUGCAGGGUUGGAUGAGGCUGAUGAUGAUCAAAGCUGGACUAAACUAUGGAAAUGGAAGGGACCAAACAGAGUUAAGCAUUUUUUGUGGCUGGUGAUGCACGAUCGCUUAAUGACUAACAAGGAGAGAGCGAAGAGAAAACUCACAGACAACCAAAACUGCAGCCAAUGCAAAGAUGUGGAGGAGUCGAUCGAGCAUAUUCUACAGCAAUGUCCAUCUGCAAAACUUACAUGGAUAAAGUUCAAAGACAAGCUAAAGGUCAACAGAACUGGUAUGGACUUCAAAGAGUGGAUGAUGAAGAACCUCUCAGAUGAGCAAAGUGGGAUAGAUUUUGGAAUUGUGUGCUGGAAUAUCUGGAAGCAGCGGAAUGAGCAUGCCAUGGAAGGAAAGGCUUUCAACCUGCAGAGUCUUACCUGCAGAAUUCAGGCAUGGUUCAAUAUUGUGAAGCAGGCUAAGCUUUUGGUCAGGAAAACUUCAACUGCAGGCGGCCCCUCUACCUGUAAGAAACAUGUGUCCUGGAAACCACCACGGGAAGGGUGGAUUCAGCUCCAAACAGACGGGUCGUUCUACUCGUCCACGGGCAGUGCUGCUGCAGGGGGCCUGCUUCGUGAUCACCUUGGAAGAUGCAGUAAAGCAUUUGUGUGCAACUUGGGCACCUGUUCGAUUACUUGCGCUGAACUGAAAGCGGCUGCAGUGGGUCUCAAGAUUGCGUGGGAUGAGGGGCAUAAGAAGGUGGAGUUGAACAUUGACUCGGAAACUGCCAUUGCAAUCAUCAAGAAUUCUGUUGAUGAUGAUCACAGACACGGACUACUUGCAGCAACUAUUAACAAACUUUUGAGCCUCGAGUGGGAGGUGAAGAUUACCCAUGUUUUUAGAGAAAUGAAUAGUGCAGCUGACUAUCUUGCAAAUGUCGGUCACUGUUAUUCUUUUGGUACACAUUCAUUCGAUGUGUACGAAGUCGGUCUUAGACGCUGGCUCUUUCAUGAUGUAAUGGGGAUUUCCCAAGACCGUGUUAUUACAGUAAUGAAUUAGACGCACUAGCGUCACUCUUUCUACCAAAAAAAAAAACUUAAUGAUAUUUGCCUUGUCUUUUUGUAGGAAUCAACAUAACAUCAAUACAUAGGAUGGAGAGAGGAUUUGGACUAUAAAUAUUUUAAAAAUAG